AUGGUAAUUCUUUGGAGAUGCAACGAAAAUGGAGAGUGGAAUGCGAAACUUUUGGAAAAGGCCCAAGGCGCUCUAUGGCAUGUCAGUUGGUCGGUGUGUGGUAGUAUUCUGUCGGUCAGUGGAGAAGACAACAAGGUUUGUUUAUAA